AUGGAGGCAGACGCUUUGACAGACUCUCGUAAUCUGAAAGUGAACGACUUGUUAAAAGACAUUCGAAUAGACUACGGUUCUCUCAGCAAGCCUGUGGACGAUUUCGUUUCGUCGAUUAGAAUAGCUAUUGAUGCAACCCCUGAGGAUUCUAAGGUUACUUCAGAGCUAGCUCCCAGUUUCGUUGAAGACAUUGGGGCUGAUAAAGUGGAGUUCAGUUUUAAGAAGCCAAAUGGUUUCAGUCUCUGCGGCAGCUACUCCACUCGUAGCAUGGCUAAGCCGGAUGCUUGUGUUGAUCUUCUUGUCCACUUGCCCAAGGUUGAGUGGUCGACUUUACAGAACGAGGCCAGGAAGCCAGUCCUAGUUGUUUUCCCAGCUAAGAAACUUGAUCAGUUUCCUGGUUUUUCCGUGAGAAUAAUCCCUUCAGCAACAUCACUGUUUAAUGUUGCAAAGUUGAGUAUGAGCAGAAACAACGUCCGUUCUUUAAGUGGAGAUGGUGUCCCUCAGCCCACACCGACUUACAACUCAAGCAUAUUGGAGGACAUGUUUCUGGAGGAAAAUUCUGAGCUUCUCAAGAAAACUUUCUCAGAAUGGAAGGAGUUGGGUGAUGCUUUGAUAUUGCUGAAGAUAUGGGCUAGACAAAGGAGCUCGAUAUACGUCCAUGAUUGCUUGAAUGGGUAUCUAAUCUCUGUGAUACUAUCAUACCUUGCAACACAUGGCAAAAUUAACAAGCCACUAAGCGCAUUGGACAUAUUUAGGGUGACACUGAAUUUCAUAGCCACUUCAAAAUUAUGGGAAAGGGGUCUAUUUUUCCCGCCACAGAGUGAAAACCGUGUCUCAAAGGAGGAGAAAAUGCAAUUCAGAGAGUUAUUUCCUGUUGUAAUAUGUGAUUCAUCUACACUUGUGAAUUUGGCUUUCCGGAUGACCAGUGUUGGAUUUCACGAGCUCCAAGAUGAGGUUUCUUCUACGCUUAAAUGUAUGAAACUCAGAGAUGGAGGAUUCGAGGAGGUUUUUAUGACUAAGAUCGACUAUCCUGUUAAGUAUGACCAUUGCAUAAGGUUACACCUAAAAGGGAAAACAGCAGCGUCUAUGUCAGGGUUUUGUUUGGACAAUGAGUGUUGGAGAACCUGUGAGCAGAAAGUGCAUAGCCUGCUGCAACAAGGACUAGGUGACAGAGCAAAAUCAAUCCGUGUUGUUUGGAGAAAUACCAAUGAAGAUUGGCAUGUAGAGAGUGGCUUGUCAGUUUUUGACAGAGAACCACUUUUUAUUGGCAUUUCUAUCAGCUCCAUCGAAAAUGCUUUUAGAACAGUCGAUAUCGGGCCAGAUGCUGAAAACAAGAUAGAGGCACUCAGGUUCCGAAAGUUUUGGGGGGAGAAGUCUGAGCUAAGGAGGUUUAAAGAUGGAAGAAUUGCGGAAAGCACAGUGUGGGAGACUCAGCAGUGGACAAAACAUCUUAUCAUGAAACAAAUGAUUGAAUAUAUAUUUAAGCGGCAUCUUUCACUCUCGUCCGAUGACAUUGUACAAUUAGUGGAUCAACUUGACUUCUCUCUGAUCUAUGGGGAUAAAGACCCAAUAUCUACAUCUGGAAAUUUGCUUCAAGCCUAUGAGAUUUUCUCAAAGUGCUUGCGUCAGAUUGAAGGCAUUCCUUUAAAGGUUUCUAGCGUUCAGCCUUUAGACUCAGCUCUCAGGUUCACAUCUGUGUUCCCUCCUGAACCUCACCCUGUGGCUUAUGAAAAAAUUGAUGUGCGAAGACUACAUAAACUUAUGCCCUCUUGCAUACCAACAAUGGAGGUCAUGAUUCAGCUAGAAGGUUCUGGUAACUGGCCCAUGGAUGAGUUGGCAAUUGAGAAAACAAAAUCUGCCUUCCUCCUUAAAAUUGCAGAGAACCUGCAGAACAUUGAGGGAAUACCAUGCACAGCUACUGAGGAUAAUGUCGAUGUUUUCAUAGGUGGUUACGCAUUUCGCCUGAGAAUUUUGCAUGAAAGAGGCCUGAAUUUGGUGAAGAGAGAUACUGGAGCCGAUCCGGUGAGGCAGGUUUCCUUUACCGAUAAAAUGCUCUUCUUUCGCAGUCAACAUGCAAGCAUGAUCAAUGGUUUGCAAGGUCGAUUUCCUACAUAUGCACCAGUUGCAAGGCUUGCAAAAAGAUGGGUUGCUGCGCAUCUCUUUUCUGGUUGCCUAGCAGAAGAGGCCAUCGAACUUUUGGUUGCUCAUGUCUUCCUCACACCUCUCCCACUUGGUGUUCCUUGCUCCCGCAUUAACGGAUUCCUAAGGUUUCUGCGAUUACUAGCAGACUAUGACUGGAUGUUCUAUCCGUUGAUUGUUGACAUAAACAACGACUUUGGCAGAAAUGACGAGAAGGAGAUCAAUGAUAACUUCAUGUCAAGUAGAAAGGGUUACGAACAGGACAGACAAAACAUAAGUUCAGCCAUGUUCUUGGCUGCUCCUUACGACAAGGCAUCAGAGGCAUGGACAACAACUUCACCAAAUUUACCGGAACAAAAAAGGUUGGCUGCUUAUGCUCGAAGCAGCGCAAACGUGUUAAGCAAGCUGGUAUUGCAAGAACAUAAUGAUUCUGUUCAAUGGGAGUGCCUUUUCAGGACACCCUUGAACAACUAUGACGCAGUUAUUCUUCUCCAUAGAGACAAAUUACCAUACCCGCGUCGUCUUUUGUUUCCGUCAGAACUUAAUAAAGGGAAGCAUGUAGCACGUGGAAAGGCGAGUACAGCGUUUAACCCUUUUUUGUUGCCUGGAGAUUUAAAGAGAAGCAAUGAGGCGCUUAAGAAUAAGUUAAUGGUGGAUUUUGAGCCGACCAAAUGCUUCAUGAGUGGGUUGCAGGCAAGUGAAGAAUUUGGGACGUUAAAGCCGUGGUAUGAUCAUAUAGGAGGCGACGCGAUUGGUUUAACGUGGACUAAACACAAUUCAAAGAAACGAGAACGAGAUGAAGAGGAAGUGGAAACUAAUCCAAUGGAGAUGUUAAAGGCAGUAGGCGAAAUGGGUAAAGGGUUUGUUAGAGAUAUAUACUUGCUCAAGCCUCCACGCCUUCUCUAA